CGCCGGUCACUGACGUCAUGCCGCCCAAAGGCUCGCCAAGGCGGGAGCUGGCCGUGCGUCUGCGGCAGUGGUGCAGCGGUGGCGCGCCACGGGGGUGAAGAGGAGCAGCUGCCGUUUUACUGCUAAGCAGGUUCUUCCCUAAGCCAAAGGCAGAGUCAGUGCGCGGUGACAAGCCCGUGGUUUGCUCUGCCUACAUCUGAAGUCAUUGCGAGUUGCAGUUUUGCUCUGGGUUUGCUGUGCUUCACAGGGGAGGUUUUCAUGGAUCUCAAUAGUGCUAGCACUAUUGUCUUGCAAGUCCUGACGCAAGCUACCAGUCAAGAUACUGCAGUACUGAAGCCAGCUGAGGAACAACUGAAGCAGUGGGAGACACAGCCAGGUUUUUAUUCAGUCUUGUUGAACAUCUUUACAAAUCAUACCCUGGAUGUGAACGUAAGAUGGUUAGCUGUGCUGUACUUCAAAAAUGGAAUUGAUCGCUACUGGAGACGGGUGGCACCACAUGCUCUUUCUGAAGACGAGAAAACUAUGUUGCGUGCUGGACUUAUCACCAACUUCAAUGAGCCAGUGAAUCAGAUAGCAACUCAGAUCUCUGUACUGAUAGCUAAAGUUGCCAGGGUGGACUGCCCAAGGCAAUGGCCAGAACUUAUACCCACUCUUCUACAAUCUGUGAAGGUCCAGGAUGAUCUUCAACAACACAGAGCCCUGCUUACCUUUUAUCAUGUUACAAAGACCCUGGCAUCCAAACGGCUUGCUGCAGAUAGGAAACUUUUCUAUGAUCUUACAUCAGGUAUUUAUAGCUUUGUGUGUUCCUUGUGGAAUCAUCAUACCGAUACGUUCCUACAGCAAGUGUGUAAAGGGGAUGAAGCUGCAGCCUCAAAUUCUCUAGAAAGAACGUUGUUGUCAUUGAAAGUGCUUCGUAAACUGACAGUCCAUGGGUUUGUAGAACCUCGCUGGAGUGUAGAGGUGAUGGGUUUUCUGCAUGCAGUGUUUGAACGGCUAAAACAGUUUCUGGAGUGUAGUAGAAGUGUAAGAGCAGAAAACGUAUGCAGAGACCGUCUAGAAAAGACUAUAAUUCUGUUCACUAAAGUGCUUUUAGACUUCUUGGAUCAGCAUCCUUUUUCAUUCAUCCCUUUGAUUCAGCGGUCAUUGGAGUUUGCUGUAAGCUAUGUUUUCACAGAGGCUGGUGAAGGAAUUGUAUUUGAGCGGUUUAUUGUACAGUGCAUGAAUCUCAUUAAGAUGAUUGUAAAAAAUGAUGCUUACAAGCCAUCUAAAAAUCUUGAAGAUAGCAGUCCUGAAACUCUUGAAGCACAUAAGAUAAAGACAGCAUUUUUCACAUAUCCAACCCUAAUGGAAAUAUGUAGGAGAUUAGUCACUCACUAUUUCCUGCUGACAAAGGAAGAGUUAACGAUGUGGGAAGAGGACCCUGAAGGCUUCACUGUGGAAGAGUCAGGAGGAGAUUCUUGGAAGUACAGUCUCAGACCAUGCACGGAAGUUCUCUUUUUUGAUAUUUUCCAUGAAUAUAAUCAGACUCUCACCCCAGUGCUUUUAGAAAUGGUUCACAGUCUACAAGGAUCUACCAACAUGGAAGAUAGCAGCGCUAUACUUAUUAAAGAUGCUGUAUAUAAUGCGGUUGGACUGGCUGCUUAUGAACUGUUUGAUAGUGUGGAUUUUGACCAGUGGUUUAAAAGUCAGCUAUUAGCAGAACUACAGGUUUCUCAUGACAGAUAUAAAGCAAUACGCCGAAGAGUAAUUUGGCUGAUUGGACAGUGGAUUUCUGUAAAAUUCCAGUCAGACUUGAGACCCAUGUUAUAUGAGGCAAUUCGUAACUUGCUUCAAGACCAGGACUUAGUGGUCCGUAUUGAGACAGCUACGACACUGAAGUUAACUGUAGAUGACUUUGAGUUCACAACUGACCAGUUCUUGCUGUAUCUGGAAUCCAUGUUUACACUGCUCUUUGAGCUGCUUCAGGAAGUAACACAAUGUGACACCAAAAUGCAUGUUCUUCACGUUCUGUCUUGUGUGAUUGAAAGAGUCAAUAUGCAGAUACGACCAUAUGUAGGAUGUUUGGUUCAGUAUUUACCACUGCUUUGGAAACAGAGUGAGGAGCACAAUAUGCUACGAUGUGCCAUUCUAACCACCCUAAUCCAUCUCGUCCAGGGACUGGGAGCAGACAGCAAAAAUCUCUAUCCUUUCCUACUUCCAGUUAUUCAGCUAAGUACAGAUGUUUCUCAGCCUCCACAUGUCUAUCUUCUUGAAGAUGGUUUAGAGUUGUGGUUAGUGACAUUGGAGAAUAGUCCAUGUCUUACCCCUGAGCUCCUGAGAGUAUUUCAGAACAUGCCUGCCCUUCUUGAGCUGAGUUCAGAAAAUCUCAAAAAUUGCUUUAAGAUCAUCAAUGCUUAUAUUUUCUUAUCAUCACCGGAAUUUUUACAGACGUAUGCUGCUGACUUAUGCCGGUCAUUUUGUGACCUUUUGAAGGACAUAACUACUGAAGGUCAAGUUCAAGUUUUAAAGGUUGUGGAAAAUGUCCUAAAAGUAAACCCUGUUUUGGGUCCUCAUAUGUUUCAACCCCUUCUGCCAUCAAUAUUCAGGGGGAUUAUAGAUGGGGAGAGAUACCCAGUGGUGAUGUCGACUUAUCUGGGGAUCAUGGGUAGAGUUCUGCUACAAAAUUCAAGUUUUUUUUCUUUACUUUUGAGCCAGAUGGCCUGUGAGUUGGGUCAGGAGUUGGACCAAAUUCUUGGUAACAUGAUUGAAAUGUGGGUUGAUCGGAUGGAUAACAUCACUCAGCCAGAAAGAAGAAAACUUUCUGCUUUGGCAUUGCUUUCACUUCUGCCAUCAUUAAAUAGUGUUAUCCAAGAUAAAUUUUGUGGUAUCAUCAACAUUUCAGUGGAAGGGCUGCAUGAUAUUAUGACCGAAGAUCCUGAAACAGGAACUUACAAAGACUGCAUGAUGAUAUCUCAUUUUGAAGAGCCCAAAGUUACAGAAGAUGAGGAACCUCCCACAGAACAAGACAAAAGAAAAAAAAUUCUUGCACUGAAGGACCCUGUACACACCCUGUCACUGCAGCAGUUCAUCUAUGAGAAGCUAAAGGCACAGCAGGAGAUACUGGGAGAACAAGGUUUUCAGGCACUUAUGGAAACCGUGGAUACAGAAAUAGUUGCACAGCUACAAGAAUUUUUGCAAGGCUUCUAGAUGAGCAGAAACAAGAUUUUUUAUGUCUGAUUUCCCUAUCAAAAAAAUAUGAAAGAACUCUAGCCUUCCAUCGUGUAUGGAAGAGCCUACUGAAGGCUGAAAAUAAUUUGUGUUAAAAAAUAAGUUCCUGUUAUUGCUGUUAAACUAACUUUGGUACUGCUUUAUGUUAUUGUUUCAUAAUCUGCCUAGAGUUUUAUCAUCAAAGUAACGCUUCCAUGAUUCCUAACAUGGUACUUGCUGUUGUAGAUAGUACCAUUUUUUUGGUACCAUUACUGGCUUUUUCACAAAAACCCAGUAGUUUUUCACUGAUUCACAACCCUAUGUCAUAAACUGAGUUGUCUGAAGGAACUUAAUAAUGUAUAUUAAUUAAAAGUGUCUAUUAAUCUCGCAGCAUAAUUCAGUAUCUGGAGCUGUUUGUCUUGAUAUUGUGUACCUACAACUUUCUCCCCUUCCUAUUACCAUUUCUUGACUGUACAGUCAACCAUAUAAGCACAGUUAGGAAAGCAGUAAGACUGAGCAGAAAUAUCUUUUCAUGAGAAAAGAUAAUUCCCAUUUGAAUGGUCUCAGAGGAAAAGAAACUUAAGAUUGCAAUGCUUAAACUGUAUUUGAAGAGGUGUUAAAGUAUAUCAAGGUAUAUCUCUGUCUGAAGAUACGGGGUUUCAUUUUUAUCACGAAUUUUAUUUUGUAUUAUGAAAAAGAUCUUGCUUUCUUGAGUUCCUUCUGUCUCACUGUUAGCUGUUGUAAUACAGAGAAACUCACCAGAGCUAGAUAAGUAAUUAAUUCCAAUUAAUUCUUGGCUGUACCUGGACUACUCUAGAAUUGUUGUUCAGUAUCUCAAUUCUUUGCUUUCUUCAUCAAAGACAUAUCAUCAGGAUACUUCAUAAUUGUUACUGAAAAGUUUGAGCCCAGAUGUUCACAGCUGAAAUAAUUAUUGGCAAAUAUGAGGCUCACUUUGAGUUUUCAUUAUUUAUUAGUCACCCGGACAGCUGCAGGAAUGACAGGCUAAUGUUGCUCCUUUCUAUGUGCCUUUCUCUUUCAUACCUUGGGAGCAAGAGGGGGGAGAGAUGGCUCUUUUCCAUUUUGAGAUUUUCCUUUCAAGUUCUGAUCUUCCACCUUCAAAGUUGAAAUGAACUUUGUUUGGUUCACUAAGGGAUGAUUGAGCUAUUAAGACAGUAUGACAGCAUGUCAUUUUCUCAGUCUUCUACCAAGAUCAAUUCUCACAAGAGUUUUGCCUGGUUAUGUUUGGUAUUUGCAAGGGAAGGAACACAGUGUGCUAAUGGUCCCUUUCAGCUGUGAACUACAAUUACUAGAACCUGGCACCAUUUGACUGAAAUUGCAUUCGUUGCAUAGUUAAUCUGCAGAGACCCUCAGCUUUUGGUUCAGGGUCAAACUAGCACACAUCUGGUCAGCCUUGCUAGCUUUGACCUUGCACAGCAUGACUGCAUGGUGUACAGGAAAACCUAAGGCUGGGAAGCAAUACUUUUCUAUCACCAUUCAGUAAAAUCACUUGGGCAGAGCCAAAUUGUGCUCCCUGAUGUUUCGAAGGGAGGAAGGUCCUACCUACUGUAGUCCAGCCCUGGCCAAAAGGCUGGUCUCUGCAUUUCUGCUGCGUGGCCAAGCUUCCAAUCUCCCUGUGCAGCACCUUGUGGUCAGGCAAACCUGUCAGCACAACUGCACUCAGCUGAGCCAGACCUGCCUGCCUGCAUCAUUCUCUGAGGUAUUCAAGCCCCCAUUACCUCAUGUGAUGGAGUGUUAAUUGCAAUUUAUUUUAGUGCAUGGUAACUAAUGUUGGCACAGACUCUGUCAGGAAUGAUGGACAUACUUUUGGCUAAUAAUGGCAUGAUAACAUUGUGAUUAACUUUCUGAGUAAUGUUUCUGAAUAAGUGUCUGUAUUAAUUUUCAUAUGUGUUAGGGAACAAGUUAAAUUUGUCACUAGGUGUUUAGCUUUUCAUCCGGGAAGAUUUUACUCCAAGGUUUGGACUUUAUAUGGAAACAAUUAUCAUCACCUUAGCUGCUUAUAUGACAACCACUGUCAGUUAGCACACUGCAAAACAAGUGUCCAUCUAUGGUAUAGUACUGAGAAAGUGGAGAAAUUUUGGCUUAAAACAGCAGAAAAACUCUAGAUAGUAUCCUUAUAUAUUCAAUGCUUAUAUAUAGGAUUAAAUUUUCACUGGAAGGUUGUGGAUUAGAA